UUUUCCUUUCCUCAUUCUUCUCAUGCCUGUCAUUGUACUUCCUCAAUCUGCUAAUAAAAACUUCCACUUUUUCAAAACCCACUGUGUUCAGCGUUUCAGUGUGUCUCCUGCCUUCUCCAUGCAGCAGGUCAUCGGUGUCUGGGUGCGGGACCCGCGGAUACAAAAGAAUGACUUCUGGCAUGCUUACAUAGACUACGAAAUUUGUUUACAUACCAACAGCGUGUGCUUCACCAAGAAGAUUUCAUGUGUGAGAAGGAGGUACAGUGAGUUUGUAUGGCUCAGGCAGAAACUACAAGCAAAUUCAAUGCUAAUGGUACGACUACCAGAGCUGCCCCCAAAGAACCCCUUCUUCAGCCUGAACAAUGCCCAGCAGAUCUCUGAUCGCAUGAAAGGGCUCCAUAAGUUUUUGGACCAGAUCCUCCAAAACCCGCUGCUGUUGUCUGACAGCUGCCUGCACCUUUUCCUUCAGUCACAGCUCAGCGUGUCCAAGAUGGAGGCCUGUGCUGCUGGAAGGACACAUUACUCUGUGGCUCAGGCAAUUCAGUGCUGUGGCCACAGGAGAUUUCAAUUCGAUGAGGACUUGAAAAAGGACCUCAGCAUGUCUUGUGACUCUGACUCAGACAGCGUGUUUUUAGAGUGCAGAGAUGCAGAGCCCCACAUGAAAGAUUUGGCAACAAACAAAGCAGAGAGUACAGCUUCACUUGACUUCGUGGGAACCAGCCAGGAGGAAACCCUCAGCUGCUCAUCUGAUUCCACAUGAAAACAUCACCAUCAUAUCAUUGUCAGAAAUUUUGGAGUCUACGCAACAUCCUGGACAAUGUUUUGGACCUGUGAAGAAAAAAGUUGCCUGUUACCCUGUCUUACUGCACUUUUCACUAUGUAGUUGCUCUUAAUUUUUUCAAUAGUAAAAAUGUAGCAUAUUAUGUUGUAAUUGAAGUAUUUCAGUUUUAAACAUGUACAGUAAAUAGUAAUACAUUGCACCUAUUGUAUAUCCUUAAUGUGUUGUUUACUUGUAUGUCCUGUUUGUGCAGCUUUAAGGUGGUAGCAACAAUUUGCCUGAAGAUGGCAGUGUUGGUACAUCCAUCUGUUUUGUGUAGUCACUUAUGCUAUAUAUUAUCCUAUAUUAUAACUGUCUAUAUUGACUUCAUACACAAACUUAUCAGAAGUAUCAUGAAUUAUGAUCAGUCACAAGAUAGAAUUUGCCAAAUAUGUGCAGAUAACAAUGUAAUAUCUUAGCCAGUGCCAACCUAACAUC